UGAAGUAGCUAUAAUUAUCUGCUUUUUACAGAAAACGAAGGCACAGAGAGGUUAAAUAAUUUACCAAAGAUGAUAAUAAGUGGAGAGACCCGAAUCACAGCCUAGACAGUCUGACCUCAAACCAAUGCUCUUAGUAAUACAGCACAUACACAAUUUUCCAUUAGAAACAAGUCCCCGGCCAGGUGCGGUGGCUCACGCCUGUAAUCCCAACACUUCGGGAGGCCCAGGCGAGAGGAUCGCUUGAGGUCAGGAAUUCGACAGCAGCCUGGGCAACACGGCGAGACCCCCGACUCUAAAAACAACGACAAAACCAACCAAACAAAAUCCAAACCCAAGUCCCCAAUAAACUUCUGGUCUCAAAUACUGCCUCAUCCACGGGUUCCGUGACUGUGUGUGAGGGGGCUGGACCUCCGGAGUAAGCCGCUCCUUUACAGUGAGGAGACGGCGGGCACCCGUGCCCCAAGAUGCCGUGCACGUGGUCGGCUCCGCGCGGAGGCUCCUUCCGGCGUCCCGGGGGGCGCUCGGCUGAUGAAACGCGGCCUCCAGCUUCGCUCCGCCGCGGGCCCGGGAGGCGCGUUCCCUCUUGGCCCCAAAGCGAGCCCGGCAGCUGGCUCCUCUGGGUUGGGCGACCGAGCGGGGCCGGCCGGGCCGGGGGCGGGCCCGGGAAGGCGGCGCCGCGCGGCGCGGGAGGCAGGCGGGGCGCGGGGCUGCGGUGCCCAGAGGCUGCGGCACCGGGGGCUCUACGCCCCCGACCUUCCGCGUCCCGGGGUGGCGGCGGCUGCGGCGGCGGAGCGGGCGAGCUCCACAAUGGCCAGGUCCUCACUGUUCUCCGGAUUGACAAUACCUGUGCACCCAUCUCCUUCGACCUGGGAGCUGCAGAAGAGCAACUGCAAACCUGGGGCAUCCAGCAGGUCCCGGCCGACCAGUACAGGAGCUUGGCUGAGAGUGCCCUCUUGGAGCCCCAAGUGAGAAGAUAUAUCAUCUACAACUCGAGGCCUAUGCGGCUGGCCUUUGCUGUGGUUUUCUAUGUGGUGGUGUGGGCCAAUAUCUACUCUACCAGUCAGAUGUUUGCCUUGGGGAACCACUGGGCUGGCAUGCUGCUCGUGACCCUGGCCGCGGUGAGCCUGACCUUGACUCUUGUGCUGGUCUUUGAAAGACACCAGAAGAAGGCCAACAGCAACACGGACCUGAGGCUGGCAGCUGCCAAUGGAGCCCUCCUGAGACACCGGGUGCUGCUGGGGGUGACAGACACAGUGGAAGGAUGCCAGAGUGUGAUUCAGCUUUGGUUUGUCUACUUCGACCUGGAGAACUGUGUGCAGUUUUUGUCUGAUCAUGUUCAAGAAAUGAAGACUAGCCAAGAGUCCUUGCUGAGAAGCAGAUUGAGCCAGUUGUGCGUUGUCAUGGAGACUGGGGUGAGCCCUGCAACAGCGGAGGGGCCUGAGAACUUGGAGGAUGCUCCUCUCCUGCCAGGCAAUUCUUGUCCUAACGAGAGGCCACUCAUGCAGACUGAGCUUCAUCAGCUUGUUCCUGAGGCUGAGCCGGAGGAAAUGGCCCGCCAGCUGCUGGCAGUGUUUGGCGGCUACUACAUCCGGCUUCUAGUGACCUCCCAGCUCCCUCAGGCAAUGGGGACACGACACACGAACUCUCCGAGAAUUCCAUGCCCCUGCCAGCUCAUAGAAGCCUACAUCCUAGGCACAGGGUGCUGCCCGUUCCUGGCGAGGUGACCUAGGGAUGAAGGUACUCAUCUUCCUCCAAGACUGAGCAGUCAGGAAGGCUUCAGGAGCCCAAGAUGGCCAAUGGGGAGCCCCAGGUGAGGAGAGAAGCAUCUGGGGGCACUCCAAAAGGGGCCUGUGAUGUCAGCCACUGGGGUGUUGUGCUCACUCCAGGGCCCAGCACAAAAAUCCUUGUUUGACAUCUCAUGCUGACCCCCUGGCCAUUGCAGAAGCUGAUGGUUACAGAGCUAGUCCCACCAAAGCUACUCUCUCUGCUGCUUAGAACUGUGGACAUGUAUGGAAGGACUGGACCCCCAUUGCUUUCGUUGUUCAGAGAGCCCAGGAGACAUGAAGAUGACCAAACUGGGCAAAUUAUGUGUCCAAAACUUGACCUCAGAUGAUGUUUCCAUCUCCAACCCCUUCAUGCCAGAUGGGGAAACUGAGGCUCAGAGAGGAUACUGCUCUAUGUGGCAUUGCCUUGAACCCCUAAAAUUAUCAGACUGCCUUUUUCCAAUAUAAAGAAAAAAAGUAAGUUUUCAGAAUUCUCUCAAUUUUUUAAGUUUUUCUCCCCCAUAUUUUGUGAAAAGCAGUGGUACGUGUACAUGUUGUCUACCAGUACACAGGCUACAGAAGACAGAGACAGAAGAAAGAGAUGAAGGGCAGAUAACUGUUGAUAGGAAUAUUUGAGAAAGAUUGGUCCUGUUUGAUUUGAGGACUUACUUGGUUCACAGGCAUGCACGCUUGUGGUUGUGGUUUUAUAUUACAGAUGUAGAACAACGGUUAUGUUUCCCGACACGAACAUUGUCCUGGAAUGAAGUGUGAUCAGCCACUUGUGGAAUUCUGUGAAGAGCUCAGAGGCUUCCAAGUGAUCUGCUCCUGAACAAGUUUGAAGACCUAUUGUUUCAUAGACCCAAGUCCAAACGCCCUGACCUGGCAUCUGAAGGAUCCCCAGCCCCCAAGAUCUAGCCUUCAUCUACGAUUUUGGCUUCAUCUCCCACAAAACCCCUUUAUGAGUUGAUGCUCUUUCCUGGACUGACAUACCUAUUCCUUUCCAUUUGUUGGACUCCUAUUCAUGCUUCAAAAUCCAGCUUUCUUAGUCUCUUCUUUAGGAAGCCUUCCCACACAGCCAACCCUGCUGCUCUCUGCCUCCUUUAAAUUCCUGAUACAGCUGCUGCUUGUUCUGACGUUUUAUGGUAUUGAUUCUGUUUUCCUGUGUAUAUGCCAGUUUUUCUAGCUAGACUGUAAGCUCCUUAAGGACAGAGACUACACCUUGUAUGUUUUGUGCAUGACCUGGACCUGCUAAGAAAAAAAAAAUCCCAUGGAUUGAUUGCUUUGCCAUCCCCACAGCAGCUUUUGCAAAUUGCUGUCCAAACUCACUUGAAUGAUGACAUUGCUAUGGACCUGGGUUCUGGACCUGAUCUGCCACUUCAAGCUGUGUAAUUUUUGGCAAGUUGCUUUCUUUGUCUGGUCCUCAGUUUGCCCAUCUAUAUAAUGGGUGGAUUGGAUGAUUUUUUUUUUUUUUUUUAAUUGAGACGGAGUCUCGCACUGUCACCCAGGCUGGAGUGCAGUGGCACGAUCUUGGCUCACUGCAACCUCUGCCGCCUGGGUUUAAGUGAUUCUCAUGCCUCAGCCUCCCAAGUAGCUGGGACUACAGGUGUGCACCACUACGCCUGGAUAAUUUUUUGUAUUUUUAGUAGAGAUGGGGUUUCGCCAUGUUGGCCAGGCUGGUCUUGAACUCCUGACCUCAGGUUAUCCGCCCGCCUCGGCCUCCCAAAGUGCUGGCAUUACAGACGUGAGGCACCACAACCGGCCUGGAUGAUUCUUAAGGGCCCUUCUAGGACCAAAGUGCUGGAAAUUUCUAGCUUAUUCUGCCCCCUUGUAGCCCUUGGCCUGUCUAUCCACAUGCAGAAACAUCUGGCAACCCCACAUGGCUGAGAUGACCUGGGCCUAGGACACCCUUGGACAGAAGACUGGCCUACUUAGCAGACCUGGAUUUUUCUUCCUGAUCUGCUGCUUCCAAGUUGUGUGACCUUGGCUAAGUCACUUAACCUUUCUGAUUGUCAUUUCACUUUUUAAUAAAGUGGAUCUGGUGAACAAGAAAUGUAAUAAACACGUGGCUUGCCAUUCAAGAGAUGAGUCUGACCAUUCACUUUCUGUGUGCCAGAGAAGAGAGAUCAUGGGUAUAGACCAGCCCCUGGAAAGGCUGCUUUGGUCAAGGCUGAGAGCAGCUUUGCUCAAGGAAAUUAUUCACGAAGGUGACCACUGUCUUUCUGACCUGGCACAGAGGAAAUGUUGGCUGUGAAUGUGACCAAUACAAAGAAGCCCGUAUUUCUCAGUUAGUCCUAGAACCCCGGUAAGUAAUUAACAGAAUAAAAAUGUGUUUGUUAAAUGACAAA